AUCGUACUCGACUAGUACUUCUCGGAGACUCGGAGUCGUUUAAUUCCAUCUCACAUCCUGUGUCACGAUUCAUCAUCAACCCUUGUUAAGGAGUCGAUUUCCCGUAUGUCUGAAGGAACUUGGGAGAAGUUAUCCCAAGUCGCUGUGAAGGGUGCUGAACAUGACUCUGGUGAACGCCGGCCCCAUCCGAAAUGUUUGGAAGGGACUCGGGUGGUCCUUCUCAACCAUAUCUACGGGUUAUUAGACACCAAAGAGAAGAAUCGACUCAUUUGGCUUCAUGGUACAGCAGGCGUCGGAAAAUCUGCUGUUGCGUUCACCGUAGCCGAAAGGAUGAGAGGUCUGAAGAUGACAGAGGAGACGAAAAGAGAAAAGCGGCUCGCAGGAACAUUCUUUUUCUCCCGCAAGCACACGAAACGCCGCACGACUGGUUAUUUCUUUGCGACACUUGCCUACCAGCUGGCCGUGAAUUUCCCCAGCAUCAAGACGUACGUGAACAAAGCUAUCCUGGAGAAUCCUGCACUUUUAGACCCCGACAAGUCUCUUCGCGACCAGAUGGAGGCGUUGUUUCUACAACCUCUGCGAAAUCUUCAAUCCAGGCUGCGCGAGUGUCCGCCUUUGACAUUCGUUGUUGAUGCCCUCGAUGAAUGCACAUCAGAAUCCCUCGAUCAAUCCACAUUCGACUCCGAUGAAGACAAAUACGAAAGCGAGCUUGCUGAACUGAUCUCCCUGCUCGCCCAAGCUCUUCGCGAUCCUGAUCUGCCUGUGACCCACAUUUUAGUUACGAGUCGCUCAGAAGCGCAUAUCUGUGAAGCCAUGGAGAGCGAAGAUGUGCGCCCGCUGGUGUGCGAGAUACCAGUGAAGAUUUUUGGGGAGGGUGUCGCUGCCACUAUCUCGCUAGACGGUGCAGAUGUUGACGCAGAUAUCUAUCGUUUCUUGGAGCAUUCUUUUAGAAAGCUACGAAGUCGCUCUUCCACUUUCCCGUUGCCAACGAAGUGUCAACUUGAGCAGCUGGCGAUCCGAGCGGGCAGACGUUUCAUUGUGGCGUCUACAAUGAUGAAGUUUAUCGAUGAUCGACACAAUGAUCCCCGUGACCGGCUUCAGCUCAUGCUCGAGCUAACGAGUGAACUGCUACCAGGAACAGAAGUGUACAAGUUAUACGACCGUAUCCUCUCCACAUGCGCUGACCCGAAGUUGGCAUACCAGCACUUGUCCGUUGUUGCCGCCCUUACAGAUCCUCUGCCGAUUUCACAAAUCUCAGAACUUCUUGGUCCUGGUCAGGGCAGGGACGCUGAGAGAGUGCUGGUGCAACUACGGUCUAUCAUAGAUGUCCCCAUCGACAGGACUCUUCCUGUGAACAUUUAUCACUCAUCCGUUCGCGACUAUAUUUCCCACCACUCCAACUGCAGCCUCCCUCAAGUACAAUGUCUCACAUCACCGCACUCCCUACUCGCACUUUCCUCUCUCCAAUUGAUGGUGCGCGAUAUUCCAGAAAGCACUGCGCUCCUGGAUGCGCUCUCAGAGUUGAAUGGGCAGAAUCAAGCUAUGGAACCCCAGGACCCCCGGAAUUUAACACACUCAUUAUCCUUCACUGUCCAGCCACCGGAGCCAAUACAAGCGCUUAUAACCCUGCUAUGGCUUCGGGGAAAUCGCAGUUUAGAGUUUCAAUUCUGGCUAGAUACCCUAGACGGGCGUGCCUGGCUGGGCACUCACAGCGCGAGAGAAUGGUUACAGACCCAGGGAGGGCGAGACUGGCUGCAAACCCAGGGAGGGCGAAACUGGCUGCAGACUGAAGGAGCGAUAGAGUGGCUGCAGACUAAAGGAGCGAGAGAGUGGCUGCAGACCUGGGGGGGAAAGGACUGGCUGCAGACUGAAGGAGCGAGAGAGUGGCUGCAGACUGAAGGAGGGAGCGAGUGGCUGCAGACCUGGAAAGGAAAGGACUGGCUGCAGACCGAAGGAGCGAGAGAGUGGCUGCAGACUGAAGGAGCGAGAGAGUGGCUGCAGACCCGGGCGGGAAGGAACUGGCUGGAGAGUGGAGGGGUGAAAGAGUUGCUGCAGACCCGGGUGGGAAAGGACUGGCUGCAGAGUGAAGGAGCGAGAGAGUGGCUGCAGACCCCGGUGGGAGAGCACUGGGUGUGGAGUGAAGGAGCAAGAGAGCGGCUGCAGAUCCCGGUGGGAGAGCACUGGCUGCGGAGUGAACUUGAAGGAGCGAGAGAGCGGCUGCAGACCUUGGGGGGAAAGGACUUGCCGCAGACUGAAGGUCCCUGGCUGCAAAACGCAGGUGGGGGAGGCUUGGUGCAGCGCUCGGGCAGACGAGACUGGCUGCAGGCCCAGGGUGGGCGAGAUUGGCUGCAGACCCCAAUGGGACACUGGCUGCUCCAUGGCGGGCGGCACUGGCUGCAGAGUCAGGACGGGCAAGGCUGGCUACAAUCCCCGGGCGUGGAAGACUGGCUGCAGACCCAAGGCGGGAAAGACUGGCUGCAGACCCAAGGCGGGAAAGACUGGCUGCAAACCCCGCGUGUGCGAAACUGGUUGCAAACCCAAGGCGGGAAAGACUGGCUGCAGACCCCAGACGGGCGAACCUGGUUGCAAACCCAAGGCGGGGGAGACUGGUUGCAGACCCCAGACGGGCGAGACUGGUUGCAAACCCAAGGCGGGCAAGACUGGUUGCAGACACCGCAUGGUCAAACGUGGCGGUUGACGACUGUCUGGGUAACAAUGGAGGAAUUUUCGAACACAUUGGAAGCAAUCAUGCAGUAUAUAAUUAUCCCAGAAUUGCCUCUUCAGCCAGCUUUUCAAGUCAUCCAACAGCUCAAGAACCUGCCGGAUUUCUUGUUGUUUCCAGCGUUCCUCGGGUUAAGGCACCAGGACCACCCCACCUCUGCAUUUUCACGACGUUGUUUUCCACCAAACAUAGGGAUCAUUCAUUCAAUGCAGGCCUUUUCCAACUUCGCAAACGACGCACGCGAACGAACUCGAACAGCUUCCGACGUUCUCGACUACGCAUGCCAAAACUGGGCCGUCCAUCUCUCGCGAGCUCCGAAUCCUUGGGACGAGAGGCUCGCUCAUAUAUUCAAGUCUUUCUGGGAUCGUCAUCUCCUCUCCUGGCUCGAAAGGCAGUGGUGUGUGAAGGAUCUGAGGUCUUGCCUCACUAUUUUAUCAGAAGGCGAGAAACUUGCAAAGGACCAUUUCCGUGAAGCCCCUGUAACAUCUUAAUGACCAGUCUGAAGCUGCCAGAUGUUUGCAACAUGUUACACUGUCUUGUUAUCGUGCAUUGAUUUCUUGCUGUUAGCCAUUUUCUUACAGUCAGAUCUCUGUAAUGGUGUAAAGUAUUUCCUAGUGCUCCGCUAGUACAUGUUUGUGACUUCAUUAUCAUGAGACGC